UCCCUCUCUCGCACUUCCCAGAGGCACCUCGCUCCUGCUGGUGUUGCUCGGCUUUACUCCCUUUGGAAAUCUGGGUCUCGCUUCUUGGGGAAUCUUUUCGCAAAGAUGAAGUCCGUGACUGCCUUGUUGGCCGUUUUUAUUAUAUCGGAGGUAACGGGAGUCGGUGUCCCAUCAGCAGAAGACGGUCGGCUUAAAGACUACCAGACCUAUUAUUCACAAGCUGAAUAUACUGAACACGGUGUCGAGGACAACCCGUCCGAGAUAGAAACGACGGACCUGGCAGCCUCUCCUAACUGCGGUGCUGUUAUCAAUGGAGAACUAGCAGGAGAAGGGGUUAUUGCCACUCCAAACUACCCAGACCAGUAUCCUAAUGACCUCUUUUGUGUUUGGAAAAUCAAAGCAGGAAAGGGAAAGAGAGUUCGUCUUACCUUUGAUGACUUCGAAGUCACACAAACACUUGGCUGUACUGGAGACUAUCUUCUAGUUUCCCCAACAGGUUUAUCAAAUGACUCAUUGGCCACUCACCUCUGUGGUACAGACAUACCUGGCACUUACGUGAGCAACAUUGACACAUUAUAUGUAGAAUUCAGAUCAUCUUCAGAUGGUGACACAUGCAGGGGAUUCUCUGCCAAGUAUACCCUGGAGGAAGUGGUUGUGACUUGUGGACAAGAGGUAUCAUUCCUGGAGUUCGAUUUUGAGAAUCCUGAGUACCCCCACCCGACCUCUAAUGGAACCAAUCACUGCGAACUGACCAUCUCCCAUGAAUGUGACGUCCCCAUAUGUCAAGUGAGACUGGACUUUGAAGAACUAGAAUUACAGCCUCCAGAAUAUGGAAACUGUGACCUCGACCAGUUUAUGGUCAGGGCCAAUGAACCAGUGCCAAUACUGUGUGGAAGUAAUCAUGGUCAACAUAUGUAUGUUGAUGUGUCGGGUCGAGCUAGCACAAGUCUCCAUGUACUGACUACUCCCAUCUACCCCAAGCCCUAUGGUCAUUACACAGACGAGGAAACUGGAGGCACACAUCCAGUUGAUUACAAAUUUGAGGUGGAAGAUAAUCGUCGCUGGAAAGUCAGAAUCAAUCAGAUUCCUUGUGAUUGUGCCUAUGAUCAUCUCAAGACAUCUAGUCCAAGAGCCCCAACAGGAUGUCUCCAGUACCAUGUGGGUGUGCGAGAGACUAUAAAGAGCUUCAACUUUGAUGGCACAAAGCUGGACUACAAUCCCUGCUGGAAUGGCACAGAGACAGAUUGUGGAAAGCGAGUCUGGACUGGUCACCUCAACAACCUUGACUACCAUGUGUGUGUAAAAGGAGCAGAAGGAUAUUGUGGCAUUAUGUACAAACCUACAAGCUCAGAGUCCUUCUUGCUUACAGGUCAAGUCAAGUACAAUGAGACAGUGGAAGGGAGUAAUUUGUUUGGAUAUCAGGGAUGUCAAGCAGACUACAUUGUUGUACCUAAAAGUCGGACUCCUGGAGACAAUGAUCCUUGGAGCCAUGACCGCUUUUGUGGCACUGCCAUUGGUAACUAUGUCAUUGGACCAAUUGUCAGUUAUUCAACUCCAUUUUAUAUGCAAGUGAAGAGUGAUGCAGAUGAGUACUCGACAAGUCUCGACAUAGAGAACAGAGGCUUUGAGCUAGAGUAUACUCAGCUGCCAUGCUCAGGACCCUACCUUUUCAACACUGACCAAAAAUACAGUGGAUAAUGGAAAAUGUUAAUGAACUCUAAUUAAACUGAAUUAGUGUAGUUGCAUUUUUUAGAUUAUGAAGUUUGUUUGACCAGCAGUAUGUUGUGAGUAUUGGGCAAAUUAACUCCAAUAAAAGUAAAAAAAAGUAUGAGUAUUGGGCUAUUGGGCAAAUUAACUCCAAUAAAAUAAGUAAAAUUAAUUAAAAUUUUAUGAAUAUAAGGUAAAAAUUCAUUUUACUGUUAUGAAAUUUAAAUAAAAUUCAAUAAAUGCAAGUUAUAUUUUAUUCCCAAAUAUUUAAGUAAAGGAAAUGACUGGCUUCAUGGAAACUAAACAAAAUUCAGUUAGGUACAUUAAACAGUGUCAUAUUUUGAUCAUUAUUAAUUUGGAAAUUGACAAAGUUGGAAUUUUCUAACAUAUGUUAACAAUAUAAGAAAUAUGAAUCCUUUUUAAUUGAAUCAAUAAAGUAUAUGUAUAGUAAAUAUAAGAUCAAAGAAUGUGCAAGUAAAAACCGUGAUGAUGUGUAUUUGGUAACAUGAAAAUUCAUGUUCAAUAAAAUUUUGGAGGCAA